AGAAAGAUCAGAAGAAAAAUUUAAUAUUGUGAGAAACUUCAAUGGUUGGGUUGAUUUGUAUCCUUUAGAGAAAUGUCAAAAGAACUGAGAAAAUCAAAACAUUGGUGUGAAAUCUGUGGUAAAUCAUUCUUUAGAAGUACUGAGUUGAUUAAACACAUUCGUGUUCAUACAGGUGAGAAGCCAUUUGACUGUGAUACCUGUGGUAAAUCAUUCUCUCUAAGACAUCACUUAACUGAACAUAAACGUAUUCAUACUGGGGAGCGGCCACAUCACUGUGAUGUCUGUGGUAAAUCAUUCUCUGCAAGUAGUACGUUAACUAAACACAAACGUAUUCACACAGGAGAGAAACCAUAUCCCUGUGAUAUCUGUGGUAAGGCAUUCACUGAGAAUGGUCACUUACACAGACACAAACGUUUUCAUACAGGAGAAAAGCCAUUUCAAUGUGUCACCUGUGGUAAGUCAUUCUCUGAAGGUAAUGCCUUAACAACACACAAACGUAUUCACACAGGAGAGAAGCCAUAUCGCUGCAAUAUCUGUGGUACAUCAUUUUCUGAAUGCGGAGUCUUAGUAAGACACAGACGUAUUCACACGGGAGAGAGACCGUAUCACUGUGUUAUCUGUGGUAAAUCAUUCUCUGGAAUUAAUGACUUGACUAGACACAAACGUAUUCACACAGGGGAGAGACCAUAUCAGUGUGACACCUGUGGUAAAUCAUUCACUGCAAAACAGAACUUAAUUAAGCACAGACGUGUUCAUACAGGGGAGAAACCAUAUCACUGUGACAUCUGUGAUAAAUCAUUCUCUCAGAGCAACAGCUUAACUACUCACAAACGUAUUCAUACGAGAGAAAAACCACAUCACUGUGAUAUCUGUGGUAAAUCUUUCUCUCAGAGAAGUAACUUAACUACACAUGCAUCUGUCCAUGCGAAAGUGUGAUUGUAUCAUUGUCAGAAUUCAUUAGAACAUCCAACAACAGCCGAAAUCUUAAAACCGUUCUCUCUGGUAAAUCACGGCUUAACCUUUGUGCCCUUAACAGUAACCAUACUCAUCAAAGUUACCACGUUGAGAUGUUUUUUUAUAGUCAGAUGCCCUUCCUUAUGCCAACCACUUUAGUAGAUUCUUACCUGGCAUUCACAUAGUUUACCUGGACACAGGUUGCUUUUUAAAAUCCAUUCCAUUCAGAAAAUAACUUGUAAACAUAAAUUUAUUCACAUAGUAAAAAAAAGAUAUGUGUGUGUGAUAACAAAUUGUUAUCAAUAUACAGAUCAAUAUACAGACGGAUAGGUAUGUAGACUAUAUGAACAGACACAUUUGGAGACACAGAUCCUCACAUAUAAAGAUGCACAUCCAUACAUACAAACAUGGUACAUAGUUACAUAACACACACACACACGCAAGGAGACAGAGGUGCAUAUAUACACAAACACAGACAGGCAAGCACAUGAAUGUGUAUUCUAUCCAUUCUAUUCAGGACCAAGUUGAAGAUUGUGUUUUGGAGAAAAAAGAAGACAGGGCAAUGUUGUUUCUUACACUCCCAAGAAGAGGCAUAAGGUUGCGGACAAACCAUUUCUCGAAUCUGUCGAGUGUUUUGU